AUGCACAUACGCUACCAUGGCCAGCGUCAGCAUAUCGUCGAAUCCCUUGACAGGCUCUUGUACCAGCUACACGUCCUGUCCUUCUUCAUGGCGCCAUCACUGCUCUCCCUCUGCAUCCGCCUCUUCGCCCAACUCCAGAUAUCACGACCGCGCACUGUCGACCCGAAGCGAACGUUACGCUUCUGGUACCUGGUCAUCUUGCUCUUCAAUAUUGGCUCGGUAUGGUCACACGCGAUCAGCGGGGUACCGGAGGGACGGACGGUCAUCCUCGACUUCAUCGGCAUGGCCGUUGAGCCGUCGAAGGCGCAGCUCCUCUUCCUGGAUUUCUCAAUCAUAUUCCUUUCAUUCAUCCUCACCACCAUCUCUUUCGAAACAUCAUACAUCGCGGCCGCACCCGCAGGCUCGACCGACACUCUCGCACCCUCACUUUCACACCACAACGCCUACGAGCCGAUACCAGCAUCAUCAUCACAUACAUCACAUUUCGCCGACACAUUAGUACUCGAAUUGACACUCGCCCACUUCGCGAAACACAUCCGCAACCCGCCACCGCCUCACGACGACGAGCCCGAGGGAAGUCUGCUCCCAUUACCAGCGACAAGUGCUGCGCUACCCCGGGCUUUGCGUGCCAUGAUGCAGGCGCGGGUGGCGCGCACACGGAGACAGACGCCGGGCCAGGGACAGACGCAAACAGCGGGGCAACCCUCGACAGGUGAACCGGCGCGAGCGCAGGGGGACGGUGCCGAAGCGAGGAGAGUGCCGGGCGCGAUGGACGAUCCGGACUGA